CCUUCUGUCUACUUUUUUUUUUUUGCAAGGCCAGGAUAGUUGAUGUUUGUAGCUUUUCUUAUUUUGCAGUUGGUUUAUUUGAAGAGGGGUGAAUUUACUAAAAAUGAGAAGUCUUCUAUUUGAAUUUCUUCUGUGUGUUUUUUCAGGGAUUUGCUUCGGAUGGGAAAUGAAGUCUAAUGACUGUCUGCUUCCAUGGAAGUUUGACAAAAACUGCAGCAUUUCCCAGUUGAAAACUGAACCAACUUGCCAACCAGGAUCUGUGUCAGAAAAUGUUCCUCACUGGACCCUGGAUGACUGCAUUACUCCAUUUCUUGCACCUGAUAGUGGAGCUAACCUUUGUCUAGAUCUGGAGUCCUGCCUUUUGGAAAAAGUGAAGCUGCACACCUCACUGCUUCCUUGGGAUGGAAGUCGACUAAUGAUUGCCUGCUUAAUACAUAAACUCAUGUGUAACCAAAACAGCAGAUUUUGCAUGGCCUUAGAGAAUGCAGGUCCAAAGUGCAUUUUGCAGAAGGAGAAGAUUGACCUCUGUUUAAAGAAAGGCGAAUCCAUAAUUAAUUUGAAGCAACGGCAUCUUUUUGUAUUGGAGUGUUUCUUUGGUCCCAGGUUGGACCCUUUGACAGAGAACUGCAAGGUUCCAGAUGCAUUCAUUCAUUUCCCAUUGGACCUCUGUUUUGAGCUGGAACAACGUUCUGAACCCCUUAACGUUCCUGCUGUAGCAACUAGCACGGCACCACAGACUAAACUACAAUGGCCCCGGUGUUAUAGGGGAGAUGAUUUGCGAUUGGAUUCCUGCCAGAAGCUGUCUGACUGGCUGUCCAGUUGUAUUGGAGAUGCAGAUUUGUUUGAAAAAGUCAACUGCAAAGAUACAAUCCUAUCUCACUACCGAGAAAUCAUUGAAGAUCACCACAGCUGCACAGAUGACUAUAUCGGAGCUUUUCACUUGUGUCUGCACUGGAAGGUUUAUAACUGGCCUCUGAAGGGACCAGUCCAGCAGUUUUGCCACACAGUAGAAAAGAACAGUUGCCAGAAAUUCAGCUACCCUGGCCAGUUUGAAGAUUUGUUCAACAUGAACAUUUCACAAGUCGCUGCAAAAGUAUGGUGCAUCAGAAAUCAACUUUCAGGAGAUUGCUGGUCUGUAAAGGCUGCAGUGGAAAACUGUAUGAAUGAAACAUUGUUACUAUCUGGCCUGGCCAGCUGUGCAGAAGAAACAAUGUUGCCAGCAGUCCACCGCUACAUGGAGAUCCUUAAUGACCAUGAGAACUGUUCUUUGGAUUACGUGGCUGCUUAUCAGAUUUGCCUCAUCCAUUACCUGAGGACUCGCAGUGAGGCGAAUGGGAUUUCUUAUAUUAUGUUCAUGUUUGCUGUAAUUGGUGAAGGGAAUGCUCUUCUAAAGGUAGAGUCUGAGUAUUGUUUUGGAGUGGUUGUGUAA